AAUUAGUUGGGUGUGGAUCAGCUCGGGUGAGAGUCGGUUGCAAUUGCCAUUCUCAUGUAAACCAACCCUUCCAAUCCAAACCCCUUAGAGGCUUGCCAACACCAUUUUGCAUGAAGUCAAACGGGUGGAAGUUGAAAGCGCCCAUCACGGGAAAUAAUAUCUUCUUCAAUAUUUUCAUUUCUAAAUCCCUUUCCCUUUUUUCUUUAUAUGCGAAUCUCGGAUCGGAUUGUGCAUUGUUGCGUUUGUAUUAGUGCAUGACGAGCGCAUCGGAGCUGUUUUACCAGAGGAGGUCGCGAGUGGGCAGAGCCACCACCGCCGAUCUGGAGCUUGAUCCUUCCAGUUCUGAUCGCAAUUUUCACCUUAAUUAUACUCGCCGCCACCACCAUCAGUAUCAUAAUCAUACACGGCACGAUUUAGACGGUUGUGAUCCUCUCAGGAGAUCUUCUCAUGUGCGGCACCUGUGCCAUCGGCUGCCUUCCCACACUGAACGUGCCUCAGGUUGGCUUGAUCACAGCACAAGUCUGUUUGUGCCAAGCAACAGUACUAGCUCAGAAACUAUAAGCAGCACAAGCAGGCCUACAUUGACUGGAAAUGAAAGGCUUCCUAGAGGUGUGCUACUUGCUAGGGCAAGACUUGUUGAGAGAUUGAGAGGGGUGUCACUUUCUGGAAACAGGCGAAGUGGCAGAGUGUCAUUUGACAUUGAUAACAGAGAGCUUACAUUUUGGGAUGACUCAAGGGUUGUUGAUGCGGGAGACUGGGGAACUGACAUUGCUUCAAGGUGGUCUGCCAGAGGAACUCCUUUCACUGACCCAACUUCUGAAACAGAAAGGCUGCAAUUCAUGCAGGAAUCAUACAAGAAGAAACCACCUGGUCUAACUGCAGAGGUUCUUGACAGAUUAUCAUUGGAGGUAUUUAGCAACCUGGAAAGGGGUGUUGUUGAAGGGGAAGUUUCCCAAGUUUCAUGGGAUUGUAGCAUAUGUCUUGAAAGUUUUAAGGAAGGAGAUAAGCUUAUUCGCCUACCGUGUGAGCAUAGGUUCCACUUUGCCUGCUUGGAUCCCUGGAUUCGAACUUGUGGUGACUGUCCGUAUUGUCGAAGGGAUAUAGUUGUAAGCAGUCACAGAACAUAAAUAGAAAUCAGAUGUCCUCUCUGAAAGAGAUUUUACUUCUCCCUUUUGUGGCUUCUUUUACGUUGCAGUGAAAGUUUUUUAUUUGACUAAGUUUAGGAUAUGGUUUUUAAUUUUGGUUUAUAUAAUGUUCAUUUCAUCUGCGAUUGAGUCGCAAAUCACACAAAAUUGCCAUUCUUUCAAGUCCUCGGCAUUUAUUUUCAGUUGAGUUAUGCCAACUGUUGAGCCA